UGGGGGUACGCCUUUGGCCGCCUGAAACUAUAUCGAGAGAGAGAGAAACAGAGAAAGAGAGCCAUAAAUUAUUGUGAAUUUAUGGAGGUUACGAUGUGAUUUUUUAAUAUUAAAUGGAAAAUGAAAUGGAAUAUUAAAAACUAACUGUUACAAGGGAAGAAUAAUAAGAAAAAGAAUACGUGUGUAUGAUCUUGUACUCUGAAGGCGACUGUAGAACAAGAAGAAGAAACGUAAUUGUAACGUGCGGAGACGUAACCUAUUGGAGCAUUCGAAGGUGUGUGAACGUCCGGUGAAGCGACGAAAAAUCCAAGAUGGAUUUCCAAAAUCGUCCGGGCGGCAAAACCGGUGGCGGCGGCGUCGCCUCCUGGUCGGAAAGCAAUCGCGACCGUCGAGAGAGGCUGCGCCAGCUCGCUCUGGAGACUAUCGACUUGAACAAAGACCCAUAUUUUAUGAAGAAUCACUUGGGCUCUUACGAGUGUAAACUAUGUCUCACCUUGCACAAUAAUGAAGGUAGUUAUCUGGCGCACACUCAGGGUAAGAAGCAUCAGGCCAAUCUGGCUAGACGAGCUGCAAAGGAAGCAAAGGAAGCACCGCAAACCUUGGCACCAGAAAAACCCAGGGUAGAACCCAAAAAAUUUGUGAAGAUCGGACGACCUGGCUACAGAGUGACUAAACAGCGUGACCCGGAAUCUGGUCAGCAAAGUUUACUAUUUCAAGUAGAUUAUCCAGAAGUAGCUGACAAUGUGAUCCCACGACACAGAUUUAUGUCAGCCUAUGAACAGAGAGUUGAGCCACCAGAUCGUAAGUGGCAGUACCUGCUGUUUGCUGCUGAGCCAUAUGAAACCAUUGCCUUUAAGGUGCCUAGUAGAGAAGUAGAGAAGGCAGAAGGCAAAUUUUGGACUCACUGGAACAAAGAUACGAAGCAAUUUUUUCUACAGUUUGCAUUUAAGAAUGAGAAACCUGUAGGUAAAGUACCUCCACCACCAGUUCCCUUGAUCCGACCAGGACUGGGUCCAAUGGUGCCUGUUCCACCGCCUCCACCUAGACCACCGAUGUUCAAUCCAGUCCCACCACCACCAGCUCUAUUGGCUACUGGAAUGCAAAUACCUCCACCGCCACCGCACUUAGCAUAAAAUACUUAACAGGACGAGAUUUCUGACAUAAUAAUCUUAUGUAUAUAAUGUAUUUCUUUACAAAAAUUUUAUUCAUUUAUAUUUUUUAUUAUUAAGGCUUCUAGCAGUUUGUUUGAAAUUCUUAUGUGCUAUUUCUAUAUUAAAAAAAUAUAUUUGUGUGAACAUGAA